AUGUCCUCCAACGGCUCACAUGAUGCUUUCUUACUUCUUAGUCUCCCCAAAUGCACGAUCAGGACCCCUACUGCUCCACAAACUGGGACCCUCGAUUUGGAAUGCGUUACACUUCCUCCAUCAGCUCAAGCUACGUUCGGUCGCGACGUUUUCCUUGUUUUCAAACUCAACGAGCUGGAGAUUCCUGUUGACCCCGCUCGAACAGUCUCAUCGAACACUGGUAUCUCCAACGAGAGGGAAUUUGUUUUUCAUGGCACAGAAAAGGAUCCGCUGGUCUUUACGCUGGCCUUCAACGAAUCUGUGUAUUCAGCGGGUCCAUUGGCAGGAGAUAUGAAGACAUUUGAAAGCGUACUAUCUCAAUACGCCAACUUUAGCCAGCGCUCGAAAACUCCAGCCACUCCACCCGACGCACAAAAGCCGAUAUGUGUAAAGGACGGAGACCAAGAUCUUCGAGGGCGUCUCAUUUGGAGAGAUGAAGGCACUGGAGAGAUUGUUGGAGAGUUAGAUAGAAAAGUCGUAGUGAGAGAGGAUCCUAAUUUACAACAGAAAGGGCACGAGAGUGAUCCGGUAGUGAUCGAGAUACUGUUUCCCGGUCAUCCUUACCCCACAGAAACUCAGGUUUGUUUCUAUACAGCGGUACUAUAA